AUGUCGACUCCUGAAGUGGCCAUCAUCGGCGCCGGCCUGGCCGGCCUCACUCUGGCCCUGGCUCUACACAAGCAAGGCAUCAAAGCCACGAUAUACGAGUCCAGGCCGGCACCUCUCAACAUCGGCGGGGCGGUCAUGCUCUCUCCCAACGCCCUCAAAGUCUUGGAUGCCUUGGACUUGUACCAAGACGUCCGUGGACGAGGCUAUAAUUUUGAAAUGCUCAAGGUGGUCAAAGUCGACGGUGAACUCAUCGAGACCUACGAGUUUGGCGGCAAGGAGAAAUACGGUUACCAGGCCAAUCGAUGCUACCGCUACGAGCUCAUCGACGUCAUCCUGUCCAAGAUCAAAUCACUGGGUAUACCAGUGGUAUUUGGUCGAAAGUACGCUCGCGUCGUUGAGGAGACCGAGGACCACAUUGUGUGGGAAUCGACCGACGGCGCACAAUCCACCGCUUCUUUCCUCGUGGGAGCUGACGGCAUCCAUUCAUCGGUCCGCAAAUACCUGUAUCCCGAUGUGGAACCAAAGUUCAUUGGGAUGGCAGGCAUCACCUCAGCUGUCCCGGCGAGCCAAGUCACCUACCCCUAUGGAAAGAUUGACCAGCCCUUGACCAUCACCGCCGAAGGGAAGGGUGCGUUCGUCAUUGCGCCUCAGAAACCUGACGCCUCGGAAAUGUUCUUCGGAAAGCAGAAACGGAUCGACGAGCUCGACCGCGAAGGAUGGGACAAAUUCCUUGCGGAUAAGGAAGGCCUGGUCAAAUUCUUGCAGGAAGAUGCCGAAGCAUUUGGCGAGGUUGCCGUGACCGCCACCUCAAAGAUUCCGCACGACAAAAUCAACGUGUGGCCCUUCUAUGUCAUCCCCCAUCUGGACAGGUGGGCGUCUCAGAAGCGCAGGGUCGUGAUCCUCGGAGAUGCCGCCCAUGCAAUUCCCCCCAGUGCCGGGCAGGGCAUCAAUCAAGCAUUUGAGGAUGUGUACAUGUUCUCCCUUCUCCUGGCGGCCGUCAAGAACCAGGGCGUCAAUUUCGAGCAGGCUUUGACAUUCUGGCAGGGCUUCCGUCAAGACAGGGUCAACAAGAUCUUGGAACUGAACAAGCAGAUCGACCUGAGGAGGAUGCCUAAAGGUACGCGUCCCGCUGGUCUGGCGGAUGAGGUGGUGCAGAAGGAUUUUGACCUGCAGUGGCUUUACGAGCCUGAUUUUAAAGCAGAAGUGGAAAACUGGAUUCAAAGCUCCAGAUCUUAG